AGAGGCUCGUGGGGCUCGGGGGCGGGGUUUGUGUUUCCGCUCGCUCUCGGCAGCGGCGGCGAAGGCGCGGGGAGUCACGUGAGGCUUGUGCGAUGGCGGCUCCCGCGGACGGCGCCGACCUGGAGGCCUCGCUGCUGAGCUUCGAGAAGCUGGACCGCGCCUCCCCGGACCUGUGGCCCGAGCAGCUGCCCGGGGUUGCCGAGUUCGCCGCCUCCUUCAAAAGCCCCAUUACAAGUUCUCCUCCCAAGUGGAUGGCUGAAUUAGAAAAUGAUGAUAUUGAUAUGUUGAAGGAGCUGGGGAGCCUCACUACAGCUAACCUGAUGGAAAAAGUUCGUGGCCUGCAGAACCUGGCUUAUCAGCUGGGACUGGAUGAAUGCAGCAAAAAAAUGCUUCUUCCAGGAUUCGUUUCCCCAUGCUAUCCUUGACUUCAAACACCGGCAACAUACAAGUUCUGGUUCUGGAUGAAUUCAAAUGCUCAGUCCUCCUAGCAUUUUGGAUGUAUUUAUUGCAUGUACUACAUCUUUUCAUGUCUAACCACGGUAAUUUGAGAGGAAAUAAUAUAUUUUGUAUUUAGGGUUAUGGGUUGUAUUAUUUCAGUUGAAGUGGGGAUUUUAUAUCAGUUUUAAUGCACUACUGCAUUUUUUGUGUAAUGGAACCUUAAACAAAUUAAUGUAACUAUGGAGCUUGUACUUGUAAAAUCACAGGAUACAGGUGUAGCCAGUUUUAAACUACAUAAGAUUUUGGAAUGUUUUUUGAAAUAUAUUUCCAAGUAAUUGUGAUUGAACUGAAAUAAUUUUUGUGAGAUACAGUAUUGUGGAGUGGCAUCUGCAUGCUCUUUAUUUAUGCUUGUUACUUUUGAAUACUUUUGUAGUUAAUAAUCAGAUCAGAAUACUGAAGUCACUAAACAAAAUGUCUCAUAACAGUAUCUCAGAAUUAGUGUUAACAGAAAUGCUCCCAGUAUGUUUGAACAUACCUCCGUCUAUAUUUCAUAUAACACUGUAUAUUGUUAAAUCCUGUCAGUUUUGAGAUCUAAAGAUAUUAGAAAAAAAUUAGGCAAAAAUAUCCUUUUGGCUACUGCAUCUGUGUGAGGGACAUCCUCCUCAUUCGGAGCAUUUGAAAAUACAAUCGCUAUAUUUACUGUGUUUACCUAUAUUUACUUCCCUGUAGAGCUGUUCAGGAAAGUCACCAAAGGCAGAGGGGGACACAUUGAAAUGUACUUGGUACAAAUUUGUAUUGAGAAGAAAAAGGAAAUAAACAUUUUCUAUAGUCUUCCAUUCCUAGUUGUUUUCUGAUUAAGUAACUAAGGUGGGUAAAAUUCAGGUACACAUGAGUUUUGGAGAUCACUACACAGCUGACAGGGAUAAAAAGAGUUUUUCACCAGUGGUAACCUUGAACCUUUAGAGGCCUGUGUUUAUAAACUUUAUGUUACAUGAAGCUGUAUUCUAACUGCCUUAAGGUGUAUCCAGUGCACCUGUAAGUCUUUUCACUUCAGGGUCUGCUUUUUACUUAGUACUCCGCAUCUCUUUUUAAAACAAUAGAGAAGUGAUCUUUUUUAUUGUUUUUAGCCAUUUUCACUUUUUGGUAAUCAGCAGCAUCACUGACCUUCUGUAUCUGAGUUUGAAUGUACAGUAGUGGCAUUCCAUUUUAAAAUCAGUUUAGUUGAAAUUAUUAUAGCAGAAAUAAUGUAAAGGUUGUAACUGUCUGCAGUUUUCAAAAAGCUGAACUUUAUGUGUAGAUGUGUAUAUUAAUGUUACCUGGCAGUUGUUUUCAGCACUGUUCUGAAUGUUUUAUUCAAACUUUUAAAAAUGCUUCUUUUUUUCUUUAUUAUUUUGACCUAGUUUUGUUGCAUUGAUGGCUGUUUAGUGAACUUUUUCCAGCCAUUCCACACACUGAUAGUAAUAGGACAGUAAUUCUCUAGUGGAUGGCAAUGCCCACUCUCUGAAGAGCUAGCUUGUGAAUCCAUGUCUGAGGUUCUGGUCUAAAUCUCUUGGUCAUGCUGGGGUCACCACAGUGUGUUUACCAGGCUAAAGUUGCAAAGUCCUCAGUGUCCAGGUUGCCUGGUGCUUCCCUGUUAGAAUUCAGUGUGCCAGACCCAUGGCACCCCUGUCUUUCAUGAAUGGAAUUCAAAAAGACACUUAGAUUUCCAUAAAUAAAUUAGGAAUUCAGUGGCUUCUUCUGGCUAAUCAGGGCAGGCUGAUAAACCUUGCUAGCUGUUUAAUAAAUGAAUUGUGACUGAUUACCUAUUAAUAUGGACGCCUCAGGAAUUCACCCUGGGGGAAGCAGAGCAGUGAAAUAGAGAGGGGCAUGGCCCCCUGGGAAAUCAGGGCUUCAUGUUUGCAGCUUAAAUAUCUCUGUGAAGUAUCAAUAAGGAGGUAAUUGAAUUUUGAACACAAACAUGAGCGCCGGAUGGAUGAAGGAGAGGGGGGCCCUGAUCAUCUCUUCAUGCCCCUUCAUACUCCCCUCCCCUUCCCCUUAGAGACCACUCUAGUGAAGAUAGAUGCUAAAUCCAUUAAAUAAAGAUUAGACUGUGUCGUGGUAGAAAAUGGCAGCUUAGCUAGAUCCCUGGGCAAAUUGGGACCUUUAGCAGUACAGAAAAUUAAAAUAUACAUUUUUAACAAGUGUGCUUUCGACACAGUAAUAAUGACUCUGUGGCUUGUGGGGUUUGCUCACCUUUCAGAUCUGCUUUUGUUUGGUUAUAUCACUUGCUCUUGUUUUGAAACCAGCCUGCUUGGUCUCUCUGAAGCAGAGAAGACUUAGGGGAAGAAAGGUUAUUUUCCCACCUUGCUUUCUGUCUUUGGCACUUUUUAUUGGCUCUUAUGCUUGUUAUAAUAUAGAAGAUCAGUACUCUUGUAUUUGAAUAUGCAAAUAAUUAACUUUGGCUCCAACACGCUCAGUCACAUGUUCUGAAAAGUAGUUGUCAAUAGUCUAGAGGAAGCAUGUAGAUGUAAAUGUGAUCAAACUUUUUAUAAAUGGUUUUUAUUUUCUAAGAACAUGGCUUUGUUUUUUAUUUUCUCCAGAUCAAUUUUUCUGAAUGCUACUCUUAUGGAAAAGAUUAGUAUAGGGGUGUACAUUGUAAAAGAUCAAUAUUUUUUUUGUUACACAGUGAAUUGUAGAAGCACAGCCGAAGUGGCAUUCAAGGGGUGACAGUCUUUCUUUAUAAUACUGUGCUAGACAUAGAACACAACCGGGCUUUCUUCACAGUCCCACAUGCUCUACUGUCUGUUGCAGCAAGUCAACAGAUCCUCCUGGGUUUUGCAGGCAGAAUCUCAUCUGUCUGUACAAGUACAGGACCAAUUGCCAUACUGGAGAGACUACUCCUGUUUUUCCAAGAUGAUCAUUCUACAGAACAAAAUCCAAAAUUUUUUCUGUUUAAUGAUUUGGAGCAAAAAAUGAGCCUAAGCCAAUGUUUUCCUAGAGAUAACUGCUGUUCCUUCCAUUUAGAAUUCUUUUUCUUUACUCUAGAUAGUUUUGAGAAUGGAAAGAAAAAAAAAAGGUUUUAUGCUUUGCUGAAAUACAGUGGACUGAGACAAUAGUAACAUGGGGGCUUCUGUCUGUUCUUCCACAACAUCUCCCUGAUAAUACCACUUCCCUUUUUUCAGACUCCUCUCAAAUAUUAGCAGUUGUGCCCAGAAAACCCUUGAUGCUGCAUCCUCAGCUUUAACUGCUGAGAAGUGAACCCAGCAUCUUCAUUUUUUUGUUAAGAAGAAAAGUAAAUGUUAUUAAGUAUAAGAAAGUAUUAACAUACACAGGUCAUUCUGGAGGCAGCAGUGAACGUACUGGGAAUGUUUUGGCUUCCAUUAACUUAGAGCUGCAUCAGACAUGGUUUUCUAUUUGUUUUCCAAACUAUCAUCUGCUUCCACAUCCUAGCAGUUUACUCUCUUGUUUUUUGUGACAGGAUUUUGCAUUGGGAACAUCUGUUUCUUUCAUCCAGCCAUGCUUCUAGGAAGAAAAAACUUUCUAAGCUGCCUUAGCCUCAAAGAUUCUCGUUUGUGGUGUUGACACCAAAUUGAAAAUGAGCAGGUACCACCUCCUAGCUAAAUUGCAGUAAUUGAUUGUGUAUGUGUUGGAGCCUGUCUCAACUGAAGAAGCCAGGUCUCAAGCCUCCCUUGGUAAGGGGAGAUUACACCAUUGGGAUUACCUUUGGCCAAGCAUGUUGAUCAUGGGCCUUCUUCAUUCUUGUGCCUUCCUGGCCUUUGUUCUCUUCGCAAGGGGACAGUUCCUUUCCUGAACCCCACCCCUCUCUCUCCAGUUCUCAGUCUGCUCUUUGUAACACGUCUAGUUUCUUUUAACCUUAGCUGGCCUCUUUCAAAAAAGUCACCUAUACCUUGACAGCCUGUGUCCUUUUUUUCUUAUGCUACAGGCAUUCCUUAGGCUUAUUGUAUUACCUGUCCCUCUGCCUGUUUUGGAGAUUUUUCUGCUCUCUUCUUCGUGCUUGUACACUUAGACUGAUUUUCUAGCUCAGGAGUCUUCCUUUGUAGAUCCCAAAUUUAAAAGGAGACUCUUGCUAAUUUGUGCUGUAACAUCUUCUGAAGGCAGGCAUGUGCCAGGAACUUCACAAGCUUAUGGCUUUCCAUAUUAAGGCACUUAGUGAUGCAACAUUUUAAUUAAAUUAACCAGAAUUCCUAAAUUGUAGAUAGACAGAUUUUCCAGAUCAUCUCAAUAUGAGCUUUUAGAGUGAUCAACACUCUGCUGGUGUUUAAUCCAUCAGACUGCCAUAUGGAGUGUUGAAGAGUAGAAUAUCUGUUUAUUAACAAUUGUUUUUUCACGUCAGCAUGUACGAUUUUUGUAUUUGAGGACCUAGGAGUGCAAUCUGUUCCUGCAUCUCUUACAUGAGUUAUAUCAGCCUCAUGCCAGACCUCAUUUCAUGCCAAUCCCUCUUUUUUUACUGAAUUUAGGUGAGCAGUAGGCUGUCUAAAUGGCGUAAUAGAGCAAGGGGGUCAUUCUAUCACAGUCUUCAGAAGUUCUUUGAUUACACUCUCACAAGGGGAAUGUGCUCAGAUGUCCUUUAUGAGGAAUUGCAGAUAUCCGUAGUGUCAGUGAUUUCUGUGAACAGUUGAAACAUGUUUAAUGAAGCUUUGCAAUUUGAUUGACCAUAAUGUAAGUCAUAAUUCACAAAAGUCAGAAAAUUGUUCAAGAUCAAGCCAACAUUUUAUUCACCCUGAAUUAAUAAAUACCUAUUCUUAAAUCCUAGGAUAUCUGGUGUUAGACUUCUCUAGGAAUAGAAUUUACCUGUCUCUUUAGAGUAGUUGUCUGUUCCAUUUUAUUGUGAAAUACAAGUCUGUUUCUACUCGUUUAGCUGAGUGAAUGCUUUCCAUUGUUGGUCUUUCCAAUGGGAAAAAUACUCUUCAGGGAAGAGGAGAAAACCUUCUUGUGUUGUGACUUUUUCAUUGCUCUCUUCAGAAAGAAGUAUUAGCCCUCCUAGAAUGAGAGAUGAGAUUGGUGCAGUACAGGAAUAUGUUUUGCAGCACAGGCAUCAGGCUCUUCUCAUCAAAUCUAUUUUAAGAUAUUUUUCACUGUCAGAACCCCCUGAAUUCUCAGCUGGAGUAAAAUGCAGUCAUUUUUGCAAACUCAAACAUGUUCAUAAAGCUUAUUUGCUUUCUUAGAUGCAUUAACAGAGUGGGGAAUAAGAUGUGCUUAUUAAGACAACUUCAAAUUUGAUACUUGUUUAGGUAAGGUACAAAGAGGAGGGAGCUGUUGGUAUGAGUUGAUGGUGAUAGAUGGAAAACAGUGGGAGUUUGCCUUUAUUAGAGCUGUCUGUCUUACCCAGCAGAUGGCAUUGAAAAUGUACCUGCUGCCCUCUCUUCUUGCUAAGCACUGCCUUAAAUGAAAUCCAAAAUCCUUCAAGCUGGACUCUUCCCUUUGGUGCAUAGCUGCAGAUCACUUCCUGAUGAGGAAUUUGGAGUGCCCCCUGCCUGCUGGAUAAAACAAAAGACCUGCUGCUGGAUUCCCAGAGGGCACAAGUUCUUCAAGCCAGUGGCAACAUCUGUCCCAGCUAAGGGCACAUCUUAGGCUGGUGACUGUAGGAGUUUAUAGGCCCUUUACAUGUGUGCCAAUGAGAGGAGGAGAAAUGGUGAAUGUUGAUGAUUUUUAGAGUGGGUAUCACAUAGUUUCCAAUUAAAUGAUGAGGAAAGUGGGAUGUAGAUCUGUUGUAAUGAUUCAAAUUGUAAGUGGUUAUGGCAGUGAAACUGAGAAGUGAAAAAUGUUUACUAUGAAUGAAGAGAACAUCAGUUCUGUAACACUUUGUUUCCUGUCUAUUCAGUACUCUUUUAUCUUUAUUCUCUUUUCAGUAAAUAAUUCUGAUAAUAUAAUUUUGUGCAAACACUACAGUGCUCAUGCAAGGUAGUGGUUUAAUACUCCUAAGAAGCCAGAUAAUUUGAAAAAAAUUAUAAAAUUUAUGUACAUGAAACACAGCUAUCUUGUAGAGCUAGUGUGAAUGCAUGUGUCAGACUAUGUAGCAUGGCUUUGUUUGUCUCAUAUCAUUUGUAUUUUGUUCUAUAUUGUGACUGUAAGUUAGUAACAUACCUAUUUCAGAGUAUUUAGAGCACAGUGGGAGCUAAUGAACGUUGCUACCUUUCUAGAACCUAUGGGAUUAAAAAUGCUUCCUUGCAGCCCCUUCAUUUCCCUUAUAUCUGAGGGACCUGAGUACUUGUUGAAACUGGAGUUUUUUACUCCUCCUCCAGUGCCAAACAGAUUGUCUGUGAUCUCUCUUUCGAUGACUGCUGCUCUAUUGCUCAUUUAACCUUGUGACCAAGUAUAAUGUUUGACUCUCCAGUAAGUCCAGGCAUCCAAGCCAUAAUCUAAAUCUUCUUCCAUUUUUUGAUAUAACACCUCUGGAAUAAAACCUUUCCUAUCUAUCCACACAGCGCUUAUCCAAGUUCUUAUAAUAUUAUCCCUUUCUCAGAAUCUUUUACUCUGAUCUUACCAAAUCCUGUUCCACUCACAAAGAUGAGCUCCUUAUUUUGAUUGUGAUCAAGAUCUCCAUACAUUUCUACAUACACUUCAGUAUGGUAUCAGACCAUUUCUCCAUUUCUCUUUAUGUUUUUUCUUUGUUGCUCUGAUGUUCUGUAUGUUGUGGGUUUUUACAUGACUUUUGUGUUUCUGAAUGAAAACCUUGCUGUUUGGCAGAAUUUUCUUGAGAAAUCUGUCUGAACUUGCUGGAGAAUUUAGUCAAAGUAAUUGGGUUUUGUGCACAGUUGAUGAAUGUGGCAGCACCUCAAACCUCCUGAGCUCCUGGGAUCAUCCAAAACAGCCAGGUCCAGAAUAGCCAGGUCCCCAGUAUGGUGAAGCUGAGCAGAUUGUUCUUCUCCUCUAGAUCUUCAGGCUUGAGUGUAUCUCCAAGUCACAGCAAAUUAUUAUCCUAUCUCCCACCUCUUCUGCUUGAAUUUAAUAAUUGUUUAUGCUUUACAACCUAUGUUUCUGCGUAAGGUCUAAUAAUCUUCUCCCAGGAAGGAAAUAAGUCUCAUUCUCUAUUUUGUAACUUUGGAUACCCUGUCAGGCAGUAUUUUGGUAGGAAUAAUUUUGAGAUAGUGUGAAAUACACUAUUCACUACUAGAGAGCUUCUUAUAAAUCAAGAGUUUUCUUAAUGAGAAUGUGAGGGGGGGGGGGGGGAGAAGAGGAUCUCUUUGAUUUUGAAAGGUUGUGCAGUUGUUAUUUUACAUCUCUGCAAUUGAAAAGAUAAAUUGAAAAUUCCAAUUGACUCCCAACCCUGAAAAGAAUGAGCAGGGAGAAAAUCAGAAAACAAGUAAUGGAAGCCGGUCAGAUUAAAAUUAGCAAAAGAAAUGCUUUUUGCAAAAUGAGUAAUUUGAUGUGGAACUUUCUGCCAGACUGGGAUUAUUUUUUUUUAAACCAAGUACUUAGCAACAAUUGAAAGGGAAUCAGGCAAUUAAAUGGAUGAUAACAUUUUUAGUUAGAGCAGAAUAAAAUCUAAAAUGAAGUAGGAAAUAUCAGCCGUUUCAGGAUAUAAAACAAGUACUUAGGAAAAGGAGGAAUCUUUCAGUAAUAAUUAUUCCAUAUGUCUUCAUAAUGUGGCUUCCUAAUUUAUCUUUUCCUGUGAUGCUUCUGAUCUUGGGUGCAGUCAGACAGGAUACCUGACUGGGUAGAUUACUGAUCCGCCCUGCUCUAUCAAUUCCUGUGCUCAUUUACAGUUUUUAUGACCACAGAGCAGACAGAUUCUAGUUUAAUAGGAAAUAACAUUCCUACAAUUUUUUUAGCAACUAGUCAUAGAUCCUACUUAUAGAUAGGAUUUUGUAUACAAGAUUUUAGUCAGUGAUACAGAAAUGUAAAUUCUGAGCAUGCUCUGAGUUACACCUCUAGAGAGAACACCAUUAUUAAACCUUUUUGAGGGUGUCCCUGGUGGCAGCUCCGUAGAGCAGGUGGCCUGCAUGGCACAAGCAUACAGGGAGUCAGGAGCCUGUGUCUUAUCAGACCAUAUAAUCUAAAAAUCACUCAGCCUGUUUAGGUCUCCUGGGGAGAUGAUGACGAUGACACAGGACUCUUAUGCUAAAAACUAAUUGUUGACCUGCAGAGGACGUCAUUCAACACAAAUCCCAACAGAAAAGGGCUGGGUGAUGGAUGUUUCUGGGUAGCAGGCCAAGCUCUCAUUUGGUUUGCAACAGAUAUUUCUCUGGGUUGCCUCAAGAUUUUCAUGUCUAAUACCUGGCUUACCUGAAAAUAGAGAGCAAAUUAAUUAAAAAAAAAGAAAAGCUUACAAUUUAUGUUUACUAACGUAUGUAUAUAAGCCUGAAAGGAGCAAACAGUUCCUCCCCUGUCUCAGAGCAUAAAAUGCCCUCACUCUUCACUAUGGUGCUUGGGUUUCCUGGAACAUUAAGCUAAGCAGUGGGUAGGUGGAAGGUUAAAGGCAAGGAAACAGUGUUGAAAAGGAAUACAGUAAGUAGAAUAUGGGAAAGGGAUGUGGGAAUGCAUAUCCAUCUGUUGAUUGAAACAUGGCCAGUAGAUCCAGGGAAGUGACGCAUCUGCAUCUGCAACGCCACAUCCAGUGGUGUCCUCCAUGCCCCAGCAUGAAGAAGACAUUGGUAAACUGGAGUGACUUCAGUGGAGAGCCACCAAGAUGAUCAGGGGCUGGAACACUUGCCCUGUGAACAGAGGCCAAUGGAAUGGGGCUCAUUUAGCAUGGAGAAGAGGUGACCACAGGGACCUGAUAGCUGCCUGCUAGAACAUGCAGGGAGGUUGAGAAGAUGGAGUCAGUCUGUGCAUGGUGCCGCAUGGUGGGAGGACAAGAGACAAUAAUCGUAAAUUGAAGCAAGAAUGUUUCUGACUGGAAUCAAAAGAAAACUUUUCCAGCAUGGAACAGUCAAGUAUUGGAAGGGUUGUCGAGAGAGGUUGUGCAGUCUGCAUCUAUGGAUGUUUUUAUGACUUGACUGGAGAAAGCCCUGAGCAGCCUGUCUGUUCUGAACAGAACAUUAACUGGAGACCUGCCAAGGUUCUAUCAAGUCAGAAUGAAUCUCUGAUUCUGUGCAAUUUUCCUCAUAUGAUAUUGUACUGUACACCUUAUUCUGUCUGUUCUCUUCUGGUAGAUUAAAUUUUCUUCACUAACCACUUUUUCCUUGUAUUCUCCUUUUACUACUUCUGCUCUUCUGUACCUUUCUAACUCUAAAUAGUUCUGAUAGUUCCAUUGCCACUGGACUAUGGAGUCUUCAGACUUCUCCUGACUUCCAGAAUUUCUUCAGUACCCCUCAACCCUCAGAGCAGCAUUCCUACUCACCAAAUCCAUGGAGAGUCUGCAUGGCCAUCGCUGCCUUCUGUUUUCCUUUCUGAGCUGUCUUGUAGAUGGUUUGCCAUCUGCUUUGCUGCAGUGCCUGUGUUCUUUCUUCUAGUAAUGGAUGAAGAAUUCUUCUGUUCUCAUUAAAAGAUAGUGGUGUCGCUGCAUUCAGCUUUCAUAAGAGAAGCACCUAAUGGUAGACAUGGCCUCUGACCAGUGGUAUGCAUGGACUGUAAAUAAACAUGAAGAGAUUUUUGGAAGCAAAAGAGUACCAAAGCUUACUGGGCUACUCUCAGUAAACCUUCUGGAGCAAAAAAAAAAAAAAAGGGGGGGGGUUUGUUUGUUUUGGCUUUAUUGCUGGGUUUCAGAAAACUGGAGUUUCUUCUGGCCUCUACUCUCAGGACAUAUCUUCAGACUCCGAUACCCUCCAUAUUUCUUGUAUUCUUAAUAUCUUCUUUAAAACUCAUCAAUAUUAGAAGUGUGAAGGUCUUUAUGAAAAAUGUUCUCACAUUUCCCUGUGGGUCUGGGAGGGUGUAUUUUUGGGUGUAUCUUUUACAUCUGUUUUUACAGCUGAGCCUUGCCCAGUUGCCUUUAAUCUCGUUAGCAGCUAAAUUGUAUUAAUUGUAGCAGAACCUGCAUUGUUUAUACUUUAAUACCUAUUCCAAACGGCCUUGAGUGGCAUUGCAAUUUUGUUAUCAAGUAGGUCAGAUUAACACUAGUCAUAGAUUCUCUGAGUAACUACAGUUUUUUCCUAUUCAUUCGAACUUGACUCUACCAGCAUUUGGAUGCUGUAAAAACUGUAACAUUACUAAAUCAGUGCAUUUUCUCAGAUGUCUUGUGAACAACUUGGAGUUGGUAAAGAUGGUUUUGAAUUUCCCAAAUUUUCUUCUGGUCUCUCAGAUACUCCUCAGCUCAGGGUAUUGCUGCCAGAAGAGUUUUGUAGUGGGCAGCACACCUGAAACGUACGAAGUUAUAAUUUAAAAUGCUGGAAUAAAGCAAGCAGUGAAUAUACUAGGAAGGAUGAGGAUAGGGAUAAGGGUAAUUGUUACAUAAAGUACCUUUGAUACACAUGGAGGAAAGAAUAAAAUUAUGGAGGCAGUUGUGAAGGUUUUCUUCUGCAGCCCACAAACUGCAUAUUGCUGCUCUUCCAUAAUUCUGUCUUAACAAAGCCUGAGACUUUGACCUUGGAACACUGAGAUUUCAGUCAUUUGCAUAUAUUUGGCCAUACAGACCUUGUCUGAUUUUUGGAAAUUUUGGAAGUCUUCUAUGUAAUUUAAUGUAUUGUAUCAUACUAAUUGCAAAAGGAAUCUUGGUUUAAUUCAUGUGUAAAUCAAAUAAUAUUUUUCAGUCAAAACCCAUGAAUCUUCUUUUCAUAGAGGCCUACAAUACUGAUAAUUCAUUGUUGUGUCAAGGGCUGCAGUCAUCUAAAUGGAAAGAUGUUUCAAUAAGAAAUCUUGGGAUUAGAAAACAUUUUAAAGAUUUAGUCUGCUUUUUAAAGUAAAGACAUACUUCUGGACAAAUAAAUACAGACUACCAUAUUAUGAGCUUCUUCCAUCUAGAUAUCUCUUUCCAUUAAGUUUGUUGACAGAAGUUAAAUUUAAAAAUUCAGUUCUUCUUCACAGUUCAGGCCAUUAGCUAACCUAUUGACAAAGGCUAGUUUCUGCCUUUUGGAGGUCAAGGAAGCUGUACUGCUCUUCAUCCAGCGCUGCAAGCCUCCCCGUAAACAAGCCUUGAUGUCUUCGGAUUGGAUUUGUGUGCCCUGGCUUGCAUAACCAUACAGCUUGUAUCCCAGUGUUAUUAGCCAAAAGGAAUAUAGGGACUUACAUAAUCAUUACACGAUUAUUUUUCAGUAACUGUACUGUAAAUAUGUAAUUCUCUCUGCUCCUAAUAACUCUUAAUCCCUUUGUUUCUAUUGGCUCCUGGGCUCAGAUUUGGCCGUGGCCUCCAUGCCCUGGCCACUGAUAAAACUUGAAAAAAUUGUUACUUUCAGGGUUCACCUGCUUUGCUCCCAGCAGUAAAUAUGCGCUCCCCAGCGCAGGCAGGGGCACUGCAUCUGGGUGCAGUGUGUUGUGGUAGUGUGGGCAGCACUUCUGCCCCUGUGCCUUCUGAGAAGGGUCCAUUCACCUCCAGAAUGCUUUCAUACCUGGCUGUAUGUGUAUGUUCAGCGCUGACCUCUUUGCUGAGCUUCUUUGUGUGUUUUAUGCCCGGGAGUUAUUGAAGAAACAGUUUUGAUCUCAUUUCUCCAUGGUGUUUGGUAAAGAAGAUUCUUCCUUGAGAUACUGUGGUGAGAAAAUCUAAAUUAUCAAGAACUCUUGAUCCACUGCAGGUGUUGGAAGCCAGAAAGAUUAUUUUUCUUUUGGUACAAGCAAGUAGAAAAAGGCCCUUUAGAGUGCUUCUUGUAAAAACAUCACCCUAUUGUGCUGUUUGGCUGCAACAUCUGUGGGAUUUGGUGGUCAGAGCUCUCCCGAGUUGUAGCUCUUCCAGUGAUAACUUAUGCUAGUAAAGUACCUUUCAGGUAUAUUUGAAAAUAUCCUCAACUUUGAUGCAAAAUUGCUUUUCUUACUGCUUUUAAUAUUAGAAGUAUAACUCAAUUUUUUUUAUUUCAGCCUUAUGAGAUACUUGAACAUAAUUUUUCUGUGUUUAAUUAGCUUCCUGAGUCAGUGCCUGGUUUUAGGUCUUGACAUUUUUGGCGUGUGAAAUUUUCUUGUGUAUUUGACCUUGGCUUUAUUCCAGAAUAAAUAUUUUAAGCUGCUA